GCAAUAAAGUAGAAGCUGCCGGUCGGGCCCCGCGGAAAUGGGCGAGCAUAAUCUCCUGAAUCCCGGGUUUGUGGGGCCGCUGGUGAACAUCCACACGGGAGACACGUUCUACUUCCCCAACUUCCGCGCGUCCGGGGCGCAGCUGCCAGGGCUGCCUUCGCUGUCCUACCCGCGCCGCGACAACGUGUGCUCGUUGCCCUGGCCGUCGGCGGAGCCCUGCAAUGGCUACCCUCAGCCCUAUCUCGGCAGCCCGGUGUCGCUCAACCCGCCCUUUGGCCGCACGUGCGAGCUGGCGCGAGUGGAGGACAGCAAGGGUUACUACCGCGAGCCCUGCGCGGAGGGCGGCGGCGGGGGCUUGAAGCGUGAGGAGCGCGGGCGCGAGCCGGGCCCGGGAGUCGGGCCGGGGGCAGCGUUGCUGCCGCUGGAGCCGUCGGGGCCGCCCGCGCUCGGUUUCAAGUACGACUACGCGGCCGGCGGCGGCGGUGGCGACGGUGGCGCGGGACCCCCGCACGACCCGCCCUCGUGCCAGUCACUGGAAUCCGACUCCAGUUCUUCCCUGCUCAACGAGAGCAACAAGGGCGCCGGCGCGGGCGACCCGGGCAGCUUGGUAUCUCCUUUAAACCCCGGCGGCGGGCUCUCGGCCAGCGGCGCGCCCUGGUACCCGAUCCACAGCCGCUCCCGGAAGAAGCGCAAGCCCUAUUCGAAGUUGCAGCUGGCGGAGCUGGAGGGGGAAUUUCUGGUGAACGAGUUCAUCACACGGCAGCGCCGGAGGGAACUCUCAGACCGCUUGAAUCUUAGUGACCAGCAGGUCAAGAUCUGGUUUCAGAACCGGAGAAUGAAAAAGAAAAGACUUCUGUUGAGGGAGCAAGCUCUCUCCUUCUUUUAGGGGGCAAGACAUGGGCACCGGCCCCGGACUGAGCCUGUCUCUGACAGAGAGCAAGAGGGGGUGCUGCCUGGGACAGUCCCCGCUUAGAACGCCAGGCAUCUCUGGCAGGCGCUCCUUGGACAUCCUCUUGUCUGUUUUGUUUGUGGUUCCCUCCCACACACCCCUCAGCAGGCCCCGCCAGGUCCCAGAGAGAAGGGAAGAACCCAACCAGGGAGAGGAUCUGCAGACUGGGGAUAGGGACAGGGAAGGCUGAGGUGCUGGGGUGGGGCUGGUUUGCAGUGGAACUGGGGCAUUUGGCCUCCGUCUGAGGAUCUGGAGGAAAGGUAAUCUGCCCCCCACCCCCUCUCCCCCAUCUCCUUCCAUGGUCUUAAGCCAGCCUGCGGUAGGCAAAAGUGGAGACAGUGGAACCAAGUCUCCCCAAAGUCCCAGUAGCUGGGGUUAGGAGAGGGAGAGAGGAGGCAGCAAGAGUGGAGGGUCGGUGGAGAGAUUGGAAGGGGUUAGGGUAGCUCUGGGAGGGUAGGAGGAAGUGCAGGAACCUAAGAGGAAGUGCAGUUUGGGAGAACAGAGUGAUCAGUAAUGCUCAAGUCCACUGGGGUCUGGUCCUCUAGGACUGGAAAUGGAACAGGCAGAGGUGCAAGCACGUUUGGCAGACCUGGCUGUGGACAGGGAGAUCAUCAGCCUUAUGUCCCCUCUAGGGCAGCCUGCUGGAAAAGUCUCUGGGUUCCUUCUCCCGAUGGCCCUGCCCUCCCAUUCGCUCACAGGUGUGCAGCCAUCCACUCUUCCUGCAGCCUAGGCGGCUGCGGACCGGAAGCCCCAAGGGAUUGCGAGCUGAGCGGAUGCAGCCUCAGGGUUAGUAACCACCCCUGGGACCCCCACCUGGCCCACCAGGAAGCCCAAGAGGCUGUGAAAGAGGCUUUCGAACCUAGCACUGAUUGGCCGGGAGAGUUUCUGACAGCCGCGGCUACCGCGGCUGAUUCUCCCUUCCCCGCUGGCGUUCACGGUCACGGCCGGCCAGAGGCUGGACCGGCAUAAUUUACGAGGCAGGAGGAGAAUCUGCCCCUAAAGGGGCUACCGGCCACGGAGGCCCCAGCUCAGCCCGGGUUUCCCAGGCUGGUGACAAUGAAGGAGGGGGCGCUGCUGCCCCCCACACAACUCCUUUCUCUCUUUUACCCACCCCCACUCCACCCGCCCCCAGCGUUGCCCUUUGUCUCAGGAUCCGCUGCCGGGGGCCUCACCCUAGCUAGCGAGCCUCGGAGUAGGAGGACCAGAAUAGGAGGGGCACAUCCCCAGAACCGGUUGGAAGCCAGAGUGGCUUCUUCAGCCCAGGACAUUUUAUUCAUAGCCCCCUUUAGGCCCCAGCCCCAGUCCAAUAGAUCUAGGCUGGCUUAGGAGAGAGAGGCAGUGAAGAAGCCCCGCCGCACCUUCCUGCACUCUUGGUGAGAGCCCCUGGACGUCCUCCUCUGCUGACCCACCCUUGCCAGGAGUAAGAAGGUGAGAAGAGGGGACCAAUGGGAGUUAAGCCCAGCAUGCACAGUGUGAACUGGCCUGCUAGCUUGGAGUUCUUCCUGCCUGGGAAGAGUGUCCCCUAACCCACCCUCAAAAGGCAAUCCCCAGAGCCUCCAACUCUCCCACCAGCACACAGCUUCAGGUCCCCCAUACGGGAUUGUGCAGAGGCAUGGGCAAACACAGGCACAGCUGAGCCCAGCACUCCCACGGGGCCUAUGCCACUUUCCUGACUGUACUUGUAAGCAGGAAGCCUCAUGUCCCCAAAUACAGCCCUGCAGAGUGGCCAUACAAUCACUUGCCCUCAUCCCCCACUGGGCACCUGACACACUUCCCUACUGACGUAAACUUGUUUCACCUAUGUACCAGUUUGCAGAAAUCAGCAUCAUUCCAGCUGUCUGCACAAUCCCUUCUGGGUUGACCCUGGGUACGUGGCACUCUCCCCUUUGCCUGGUCACCCAUUACCCCUUCAUGCAGCGCCCCCCCCCACAUUGUGGGCUCUGGGGUGCUGGAUUCAAGCUUCACCACUCCAGCCUGAUUCCUACAGCCUGGUAGAAAAAAGAGACCAGAACACUCCAAAAGGGGUGGGGGUACAAAGAUAUGCAAUAUUCUCUUCCUGUCGCUUUAAACUUGACUUCUGUGAGCUUCUCUGUCAAUCUGUGUCCUGUUCUCUGUAUCCGUUGCUAGUACCUAGUGUAGUCUCUGUGGGUAGAUGCCCUUCCCAGCUCUCUGUAGUGUGCCCUCCUAUUCAAACGUCUGUCUUUAGCACGUUUUCCCUUUAUAUAGUCCUUGUACAGAGUUGCUUCAUCAUAUUAAUAUUAAUAAUAAUAAUUAAAA